UCCAAAGGAAAAGAUGAGAAAUUGAAAUAUGCUAAAACCAAAAACCCAGUGAGCGGAAGACCUGGUAGGGUUUUUUGGGGCCAUUUCCAGUUCAAAAUUGGAAAUUGAUCAUCUAUUCUUAACUGAAACGAUGGUAUUGCUUUCCAAAUUGAAAGUCGUUACCCUCAGAUUGUGUCAUUCUCCAUCUUCCUGCAUAGUAGCUUCCACAUUUAAACGAUUUGUAGUUGGAGAUGUAAAACCCUCGCACUUUCCUCUUCAAAAUAUGCUACUCUGCAGACGCUUCACCUCAGAAAGCUCAGAAACCCACCACGAUUUCACAGUCAAUUACCUCAUAAACUCAUGUGGGCUGUCCCCAGAAGGUGCGAUUUCAGCGUCUAAGUGGGUCGAGUUGCGAUCCCCCAAAAGUGCAGACUCCGUUUUGUCCUUACUUAGUAACCAUGGAUUCUCUGAGAGCCAGAUCUCCUAUAUCGUCAGGAAUCACUCUCAAGUUCUUAACUCCAAUCCGGAGAAAACCCUUUUGCCAAAGCUUGAGUUUUUCGCUUCUCUUGGAUUUUCAGAGGGGUACCUUGCAAAAACUCUGGCAUAUGAACCGAAUCUUUUGUCUACGAGCUUGGAGAAACGGAUUGCACCCACUUAUGAUUUCCUUAGGAGUCUGCUUUCUCAGAAAAAUGUCGUUUCCGUUUUAAGGCGCGGCUCCUGGAUUUUUGCUGAAGGCCACUCUAAGAAGGUGGCGCCAAAUAUUGAGGUUUUGAGAGAUUCUGGUAUUCCCCAAUCCUGCAUUUCUCACUUGCUUGUUUAUCACCCCAAGGUUUUUAUGCGAAAGCCUAAAGAGCUUGGUGAACUUGUGGAUGAGGUUAAGCAAAUGGGUUUUAAUCUGCAAAAAUCAAAAUCGGUACUCGCAAUAUACGCAUUGUGUGGUAGCAAUAGGUCUGUAUGGAAUCGAAGUCGCAAAAUUUAUAAGAGGUGGGGUUGGUCUGAGGAUGAUGUUCUCUCUGCUUUCAGGAGUCAGCCUUAUUGUAUGAUUGUCUCGGAGAAGAAAUUAAUACGAGCACUGGAAUUUUUAGUGAACGAGAUGGGGUGGUCUUCAAAAAUUAUUGUAAAAAGCCCGCAGGUCAUCUGUUUAAGUUUGGAGAAGAGAGUGAUUCCAAGGUGUUCAGUUGUUAAAGUUUUAUUGUUGAAAGGAUUGAUAAAGGGGAUUGAAAAUGUGAGUUUGUCUUCUUUGUUGGUGCCUGCGGAGAAGUAUUUCUUGGAGAGGUUUGUGGCCAGAAAUAUAAAUGAAGUACCUCAGUUAUUGAGUGUGUAUCAAGGAAGAGUUGAAGUCCAGGAUGUAUGAUGGUGGUAGGUCAAAAGAGUUGAAGUCCAGGAUGUCUGAUGGUGGUAGUAUCGUAGAUGCAGUGCUGUUCAUUUCCAUUGGUAGGAGCUAACUUUUGGCUCAGCAUUGUAAGUUUGUGAACUUAAGUACUGUUUUAUAUUUUUCUAGAAAUGAAUUCAUUUGUUAAUUAUUUGUUUGUCUUAGCGUUCCACUGUCUAGCUACUUUAGUUAUAUAUUUACUUUCUUAUUUGGAACUAACUUAGUGGGAAAAGGCUUUUGUAGUUGUUGUUGUAUUUGAAAUUAACUUGAGAUUUGACCAGAUUGUGGUGCUUUCAACUUAAGAUUGGUGUUCUUGACUUUGUUCGUAUGGGAACUGCAUUCGAUAGAUUAUACACAUAUGUUGCUUUAUUGGGGUUCAAUCUAAUCUAUUGUGGCAAUGAAGGAAUGAAAAAACCUGCCACUCCGUGCAAUAUGUGUGUGUGUACGUUCUUUGUACUUUAGAGGAAAAUAAGUGGAAUGUGGAAGAGUUAGAUUUCAUUGGUAGCAUCUAGCUUUUAGCUCAGUAUUGUAACUGCUGUUUUAUUUGUACCCAACAAUGCAGCACUGCUCAUUGCUAGUACCUCAUUUAGUUAUGUACACUAAUUUCCCUCGGGCAUGUUGUUUGCAUAACCAUGCGAAGAGCUAGUGAGGGCCGGGAUGCAAGAUCAUAUCUAUUGCAGUAUCGGAUCCGAAGCUGAGCAAACUGUGCGAAAACUACUGCUUUGUUUUUCGGUUCAAUGUGAAGUCUAAGGAAGAGAAAUCCUAACCAGAAAGCCAGGGAAGUAAGGUUAUGAAAGGUAGUUUGUUGGCUCGACCAAAAAGAAAGAUUGAAACAGCCAAGAACAGUGAAAACCUUUCAAGUGACAAGUUAUAAUCUUAAUGCAGGAAAUGCAUAUCUUGUUAACGUAUCUGAAAGCAGCUUGAUGAUGACAGGCGCUGCUCUCUGUGGUUGUGGUGCGUUCAACUGUAGAUGGUUCUUGAGUUUGUUCGUCUGGGAACUGCCUUUGGUAGAUUGUACAAUCUUAUUCUGGAGAUGAAAAAUACAAAAGUAACUUGUGUGAAUUUUCACAUUAUAAGUUGUGUUGGAUAUCGUUGAUUGUCUGCGAGUAGUCUGUGUUAUGCUCUGCUAGUGUCUAAUGAUAUUCCUCCACAAGCAGUUAUCCUUGUUUUCUGUGGCAAUGGCUGGGUAAAGUAUCACUGUAUCAUUGUGCUUCCCUUGCGCUUGUAAGAAUUAUGCAACGCUUGCGUUAUUAAAAAAAACGAAAAUGCAACUCUUGUCGCUGAUUUUUGCGUUUUUCAAGGGACAAAAGAUCAGGCUUUGAUAAGAUUUGUAAUGCAGAGUAAUUGCCUAUGGAAGCUAGCCUUUUCUCAGUGGCCAUGGCCUAGUGAACAAGAUGGGAUGGCCGUCGGAAAUGAUUGCCAGAUCACCAGUGGUCAUGUUUUACAGUUUGGAGAAGGGAUUUAUACCCCCGAUGUUCAGUUGUUGAAAGGAUUGAUAAACGGGAUUCAAACUGUGAGUUUGUGUUCUGUGUUGGUGCCUGUGAAGUUGUUCUUGGAGAGGUUUGUGGCGAGAUAUAUAAACAAAGUAUCUCAGUUAUUGAGUGUGUAUCACGGAAGAGUUGAAGUCCAGGAUGUAUGAUGUUCUUAGGUCAAAAGAGGUUUGAUAUUCGUUAUAAUUUGGGACGCCUUGAUGUAGUACCGUAGAUGCACUGCUGUUUACUUCCAUUGGUAGCAGCUAACUUUUGGUUCAGCAUUGUAAGUUUGUGACCUUAGCUAGUGUUUUAUAUUUCUCUAGCUACUUGAGUUGUAUAUCAACUUAAGAUUGAUUGUUCGUCUGGGAA